CCUGGGAGCUGAGCCUGUUUGAGUCUGAGCAGCAAACAGGAAGCUGUCAGCAGCUGAGUGCUUGAUUGGACGCACCUGUGCUGAGAUCCGGUCUGGAUCAGGCUGUCGAUGGUUACCUGGAUCAGGUCAAAUGCUGUGGCGUCAUGGACGAGUCAGCUUUGGAGCGUUACUUUGAAGACUCCAUUGCAAACGACUCUGGCUUUAUGCUGGGGGAGGGGCUUGGUCUUCAAAGCCCUGCCCUCAUUCCACAGGACCCCUCCCAAUUGGCACAGGACCCCGCCUACCCAUCAGAGAAGUCUGGAGUGAGCGGUGAGGCCGGUGAUGAGCUUGACCUCAGUUUCCUUCCCGAUGAACUUAGCACACAGGAGGAACCGAGACAUGACGUAUCAGGAGAGGAAGGCGGGUCUGCAGCUCUGGACGUGUCUCAGGACAGCGGUGUUGGUGUGGACCACAACUCCCAGGAAUCCACAACCACCGAGGGCACACAGGAGGCGUCCACAUCAGGAGCGGGGACCAGGGCCUCCCCCUUCUAUCCCAUGACCCCCAUGACCCCUAUGACCCCCGUGACACCUGUGACAGAGAGGUCAGGAAUCAUCCCGCAGUUACAGAACAUCGUCUCCACGGUGAAUCUGGGCUGUCCGCUGGAUCUGAAGUUCAUCGCCCUGCAGGCCCGAAACGCAGAGUACAACCCAAAGCGCUUCGCUGCGGUCAUCAUGAGGAUCCGCGAGCCACGAACAACAGCUCUGAUCUUCAGCUCUGGGAAGAUGGUGUGCACAGGAGCCAAGAGUGAGGAGCAGUCGCGCCUGGCGGCCCGGAAGUACGCCCGGGUGGUGCAGAAACUCGGUUUCCCCGCCCGCUUCCUGGAGUUCAAGAUCCAGAACAUGGUGGCCAGCUGUGACGUGUGCUUCCCUAUCAGACUGGAAGGACUGGUUCUGACCCACCAGCAGUUCAGCAGUUACGAGCCGGAGCUGUUUCCGGGACUUAUCUACCGGAUGGUGAAGCCUCGAAUCGUCCUGCUCAUCUUUGUGUCGGGGAAGGUGGUUCUGACGGGAGCCAAAGAGCGAGCCGAGAUCUACGAAGCGUUCGAGAACAUUUAUCCAAUCCUGAAGGGCUUCAGGAAGCAGUGAGAGCGGCACUUCCUGUUCCUGUGUACAUAUCUGAUUCGAUAUUUGGGCUAAAUAUGUUUUACUUUGAGUCGCUCUGCAGAGUUAUGGGAUGGGAUAUGUUUUAGUCUGUGCUCAAGAGUUCACCAUCCUGAGAAUCUGUUUUCUAAGAGUCAUGUGACUUCAGUGUUUUCAUACACACAUUUCCACUGAGUGAAUAAAUGUGGAGACAUCAGCUGUUGAAAAUAAUCAAGGUUUCUGUGUACGUUGUACGGCCCUUAAAACCAUCUUUACUGAGCGGUUGAAGCUGGAGCGCAGGAACAGUUUGGAAGAAGGUGUCACUCAAAACCCCAAAUUUAAUACUGAGCUUUUCACACCUGAGCUUCUGUAAUUGUGGGAAACACACCAGAUACAAAAAGACAGUCUCAUCUGGAUUACGUUAUUCCAACAAACUGCUCUUCAUAACCUUUCAAGAUGGCUUUCAAACUUUUAUUCUGAAAAACAUUACAGCGGUUUUAUUCUGAAGGGCAGGCCUUCACCUGACUGAUCAGACAUUCAGAGACGGCCUUCGUUUUGUGAACUGGGCUCAGGUUCGAGUCUUUGACGAUCCUGGACAAACACGCAGCAGCAACAAACCCUCAGUCUCACGCUGACAGUUCAUUGGCCCACCUGUAGCUGUGAGGACGGCGUGCACUGCUGUGGUAUCGUUUCAUUUGUCUGUCAUCUGUAAACUAAACCCCACAGACGAAUAACUUUGUAGGUCAUAUGAUGUGGCUGAACUAAAACCUGAUUGGAUCAUAACCUGCGCUGUAGACUUGAGGCACGAGUUACCUCGGCCAGGAGCUCAUCAGCCCACGCAAC